AUGCCCUUGCCGUGGCCCGAACCUCCACGUUCUCUUCCUUUCCGAGGCGUCGCGGAAUCACGAAGGCGAGAAAGCCUUGCCUCGCGGCAAAGGUGCUGCAAGUGCCCGCGUUGCAGAAAGCAUGCACCAUCGGCGAGGGCGACGACGGGCGUCGUUAUUCGCGCUGAUUUAGUUGAAGGCUGCGGAUUUACGGAUCUACCCUUGCUGCCACGCACUCGCUCUGCGCAAAGGAAUGAAACAGAACAGCGCAGCUGGAUACGCGAACGUACCCGCGUGGGCUGGCCGGAUGGUGCCAACGCGGGUGAACCGCUCGCGACCGCUCGCGGAAUUGAUGUACUGCGACCGGAGAACAAUGCCUUGUGA